AAAAGUACAGGCUGCAGCUUUCUGCGCUCCCGCGGCCUAGCGAGCAGGCAGGACCUCGACAUGCAGAACGACGCCGGCGAGUUCGUGGACCUGUACGUGCAGCGGAAAUGCUCCGCGAGCAACCGCAUCAUUGGUGCCAAGGACCACGCGUCCAUCCAGAUGAACGUGGCCGAGGUUGACAGGGUCACAGGUCGGUGUAAUGGCCAGUUUAAAACCUACGCUAUUUGCGGGGCCAUUCGCAGGAUGGGCGAGUCAGAUGAUUCUAUUCUCCGAUUGGCUAAUGCUGAUGGAAUUGUCUCCAAGAACUUUUGACCAGAAGAGAUCGGGGGAAAUGUCAUAAAUAAAAGUGAGGAAAAGU